UCUUACACGCUAUCCAAUCUCUCUGACUCUUUUCUCCUAAAAAUUCCAAACUCCCUCCCAUCUCAUGUUCUCAUUGCAUUAGCCAAAAAAAACACCAAACUUUCAAAAGUGACUGAACUCUCUCUCUUUCUCUCUUUCUCUCUUCUUGUCUUAAAAAUGCUUUCUUUAACUAAAAUCUCUCGAAGAACCCAUCUUUUCUAAACUAUGAAAGAUGGGUUUUUUCCGGCGACUUUUUGGUGCCAAGAAGAAGUCUAGAUCUUCAAAAACAACACCCUCUUUGUCACAGUCCAAGAAGGUUGAUCAAAUUUUGUUAUCAACUACUCCUUAUGAUGCUAAUAAUUUGGAUGCUAAUAAGCAUGCAAUAGCUGUGGCAGCUGCUACUGCUGCUGUUGCUGAAGCUGCACUUGCUGCUGCUCAAGCGGCUGCUGAGGUUGUUAGAUUGACUAGUGGUGGUGGUGGUGGUAAUGUUCUUGGUGGCAGUCACCGCCGGUUUGUGGAGGAAGUGUCGGCGGUUAAAAUUCAAUCUGCCUUCCGUGGUUAUUUGGCAAGGAGGGCACUAAGGGCACUAAAAGCAUUGGUGAAGCUUCAAGCCUUAGUGAGAGGCCACAUUGUGAGAAAGCAAACAGCAGACAUGCUUAGGCGUAUGCAAACAUUAGUGAGACUGCAGGCUCGAGCCCGUGCCAGUCGCAGUCAUGUGUCCGACUCUUGGCAUACUACUAGCAAGUCCUCCCAUUCUCGUUAUGCUGUCCCUGCAAGUCCUUCCAAGGAUCACCUGUUUUGCGCUUCUAGUACCAAAUCUGAUGGCCCCUCAAUUCUCAAGAGAUGUGGUUCAAAUGCAAACUUUAGGGAGAGCAUUGACUUUGACAAAGUAAAAUUGGGUUCAAAUUGGCUAGAACGUUGGAUGGAAGAAAGUUUAUGGAAUGACCAUGGCAGCAAUCCACUGAGAAAUCGACAUGCUGAUGACGAGAAGAGUGACAAGAUCCUUGAAGUAGACACUUGGAAGCCCCAUGUGAGAUCCCAACAAAGUAAUAGGACAUUUCAGACUUCACAGUAUGCUUUGGCUUCGGAUCAUAACAAUCAGAGCUUUAUGACAUUUGACUCUCCAUCAAAAAAAACACCAAAUCCAAUGCUGAGCGUCCCUUCAGGAGAAAUUUUUCACUCUCUUAAAUUACCCCUAGGAAAUGAUGAAGCAAUUUCAAGGACAGCUGAGAAUAGUCCUCGCCUGUUUUCUGCAACAUCUAGACCUGGAAGUAGUGGUAGAAAAGGCGGAGCCCAUUUUACGCCCACAAGGAGUGAGUGCUCUUGGGGCUUCUUUAAUGGAUACCCGGGUUACCCUAACUACAUGUCUAACACAGAAUCAUCUCGAGCCAAGGUUAGGUCACAAAGUGCCCCGAGGCAGAGGCUUGAGUUUGAGAAAUACGGUUCAAGCAGAAGAUCUGUUCAAGGGUAUUAUGAUGCAGACAUUCGAUCAGAAAGGGGUUUGGCUCAAAAUACUGAACUUCCUUCUGGCUACUCGAAUAGAUUAGGAACUUCCAACUUAAGGUGACAACUGUUCAUUUUCUUAUCUGUUUAUCCUCUUCCUUUUCCGGUGUGUGCGCAAAUGCUGUUGUUGUAAUUAUUUGAUCAUGAUCUGACAAACUUUGUCCUUACGAAACUGAACUUUUAACAUUGAGUGAUUCAGAUUGAUGUAAUAUCCCAAAUUGUGCGUGUACCUUCUUUUAUUCCAACAAUGUUCAAGUGUUAUUAUAGUUUGCUCAUA